AUGGCUCCUAAGGUCGGUAUCAACGGCUUCGGUCGUAUCGGACGUAUCGUCUUCCGUAACGCCAUCGAGCACGGCGGUGUUGAGGUUGUCGCUGUCAACGACCCCUUCAUUGAGACCCACUAUGCUGCCUACAUGCUGAAGUACGACAGCACCCACGGCCAGUUCAAGGGUACCAUCGAGACCUACGAGGAGGGUCUGAUUGUCAACGGCAAGAAGAUCCGCUUCUUCGCUGAGCGUGACCCCGCUGCCAUCCCCUGGGGAUCCUCCGGCGCCGACUACGUUGUCGAGUCCACUGGUGUUUUCACCACCACCGAGAAGGCCUCCGCCCACUUGAAGGGUGGUGCCAAGAAGGUCAUCAUCUCUGCUCCUUCCGCUGAUGCCCCCAUGUUCGUCAUGGGUGUCAACAACACCUCCUACACCCCCGACGUCAACGUCCUCUCCAACGCCUCUUGCACCACCAACUGCCUUGCUCCCCUUGCCAAGGUCAUAAACGACAAGUUCGGCAUCGUUGAGGGUCUCAUGACCACCGUCCACUCCUACACCGCCACCCAGAAGGUCGUCGAUGCUCCCUCCAGCAAGGACUGGCGCGGUGGCCGUACUGCUGCCCAGAACAUCAUCCCCAGCUCCACUGGUGCUGCCAAGGCUGUCGGCAAGGUCAUCCCCGCCCUCAACGGCAAGCUCACCGGUAUGGCCAUGCGUGUGCCUACCUCCAACGUCUCCGUUGUCGACUUGACCUGCCGUCUGGAGAAGGCUGCUACCUACGACGAGAUCAAGCAGACCAUCAAGGCCGCUUCCGAGGGCGAGCUCAAGGGCGUUCUCGGCUACACCGAGGAUGACAUCGUCUCCUCUGACUUGAACGGUGACCACCACUCCUCCAUCUUCGAUGCCAAGGCCGGUAUCGCCCUCAACCCCAACUUCGUCAAGCUCGUCUCCUGGUACGACAACGAGUGGGGCUACUCCCGCCGUGUCGUUGACCUCAUUGCCUACAUCUCCGGCGUUGAUGGCCAGUAGGAAUCAGGACGGCGAACUGAAUUCAGAAGUGUGCUUUGAGUGAGACGGAUGGCCUAGCGCAGGCGACUCUCAUGGAAACACCGUGAUGGAACGCGUGAGAGCACCUUAACUCCUAGCGUAAAAGCUUAUGAUGACGUACAAUUUAAUGAAAUGAUACAAUGUUCAUAUCCUUCCCAUGCCUACGACUGGACGCUAUCGUACCAUGUAUGCCCAUAGCAGUGU